CGUCGUACUUCCAUGAGGAUGACAUGCUCUCAGAAGAGCACAGGAGUCUGUUUUGUUAAGGGAAUCAAAGGAGGAUCAAAGGCGAUUCUACAAUGUCAGGGUUGCUGAUGUUUCCAUCUACAUCACUUUCAAUUCAGCACUGCCCUCCCUUGUUAGCUUAUUCAUAAGGAGUCACUGCAGUUGGGCCGAUCAAUUGGCUGCAAUGAUAAUGAAUCACUUCCUCUGGCUGCUUCCACUGGUCUUUCCGCACCUGAGCUCUCCAGUCAUAUUGCUAGAGAGGAGUGAUGGGAAUCUCUUUCACUGGAACCAUCUGAUGAAAGGAGAUAAACUGGUGCUACACAGAUCCAAAAGGGACUGGAUGUGGAGGCAGUUCUUCCUGUCGGAGGAAUACACAGGAAGUAACUAUCAGUACGUCGGCAAGCUUCGCUCAGACAAAGACAGAGGGGAUGGAACUGCCAGAUACGUUCUCUCUGGGGAAGGAGCAGGCACAAUUUUUCAUAUCGAUGAGAAGUCUGGGGAUUUGCAUGCUACACAGAGACUGGACAGAGAGGAAAAGGCCUCUUACACACUGCAGGCCCAGGCUUUAAACAAGAUCACAGGCCUCCCUCUGGAGCCUGCCACUGAAUUCAUUGUCAAGAUACAUGACAUCAAUGACAAUGAGCCCAAAUUUACCAAGGCUGUCUACACUGCCAGUGUACCUGAAAUGUCAGACAUCGGUACUUUUGUAAUAGAAGUCAAUGCCACUGAUGCAGAUGAUGCCACAUACGGGAACAGUGCCAAACUAGUGUACAGCAUCCUGCAAGGGCAGCCCUACUUCUCUGUGGAGCCAGAGACAGGAAUUGUCAGAAUAGCCCUUUCAAAUAUGGACCGAGAAGUGCGGAAGGAGUAUCAGGUGGUUAUACAAGCCAAAGACAUGGCAGGACAGAUGGGGGGUCUGUCUGGAACCACCAUGGUCAACGUCACCCUUACAGAUGUUAAUGACAGCCCGCCACGUUUUGCUUACAGUUCUUACCACCUAAGCACUUAUGAGUCAGCAGCAAUCGGAUCAACUGUGGGCCGAAUCAAAGCCAGUGAUGGUGACGAGGGAGAAAAUGCUGAAAUGAAAUACAGAAUUGGAGAUGGAGAUGGCAAAGAAUAUCUUGAUAUAAUAACAGAUGAGAUAACCCAAGAGGGUAUUAUCGUUGUCAAAAAGAAACUGGACUUUGAAAGUAAGCGUGUUUACACAGUGAAAGUGGAGGUCACUAAUACACACCAGGACCCCAACUUCACUCUUCUGGGCCCAUUCUUAGACACAGCCAUCGUCAAGGUCACGGCCAAAGAUGUAGAUGAGCCUCCUGUCUUCAGUAGGCCUCAGUAUGUCUUUGAGGUCAAUGAGGACACACCAAAAGGAAUAGCAAUUGGAACUAUUACAGCCUGGGACCCUGAUGCCACACAUUACCCAAUCCAAUAUGCAAUAGAUCAACACACAGACCCGGAGAGACUCUACCACAUCGACCCCAAGAAUGGAUCCAUCACAAUUCUUAAAUCUCUUGAUAGGGAAGUGUCAAAGUGGCACAACAUCUCAGUCCUGGCCAGUGAAAUGAAUAACCCUCAUCAAAGAAGUCGUGUUCCUGUCUUGAUAAAGGUUUUGGAUGUAAAUGACAAUGCGCCAGAAUUUGCCAUGAUUUAUGAGACAUUUGUGUGUGAGAAUGUCAGAGCUGGGCAGCUCAUACAGACUAUCAGUGCCAUCGACACAGACGAUCCUCUUGUGGGUCACAAAUUUGUAUUCAGCUUGAGUUCAAUGAAUCCAAACUUCACCAUCUUUGAUAAUGAAGAUAACACAGCCAGAAUCCUGACCAGACGAAGUGGAUUUAACAGGCGUGAAAUGAGUGUCUACUAUCUGCCAGUAGUUAUCUCCGACAGCGACUACCCCAUCCAGAGCAGCACCAGCACGUUGACCAUUCGCGUGUGCAGUUGUGACGCCACCGGCAACAUCCGUUCCUGCAGUGUCGACGCGUUGCUGCUCUCUGCUGGCCUCAGCACUGGGGCGCUAGUGGCGAUACUUCUCUGCAUCCUCAUCCUGCUUAUGAUUGUGGUGCUGUUCUCGGCUCUAAAGAAGCAGAGGAGGAAGGAACCGCUGAUCAUCUCCAAAGAGGACGUCAGGGAUAACGUAGUCAGCUACAACGACGAAGGUGGCGGCGAGGAGGACACGCAGGCCUUUGACAUUGGCACGCUGCGCCACCCGGAGGUGAUCGAAAGCAACAAGCUGCGGCGCGACAUCAUCCCCGAGAUGCUGUUUCCCUAUCACAGACCUUCACCCAUGAAGGAGUGCGCAGAUGUCAGAGACUUCAUUAUUAGCAGACUGCAAGAAAACGACACAGACCCUUUCGCGCCUCCCUAUGACUCUCUCGCCACUUAUGCUUAUGAGGGCAAUGGAUCAAUCGCUGAGUCACUGAGCUCUAUGGAGUCCUCUGUGACUGAGGGAGACCAUGAAUAUGAUUACCUCUCUAACUGGGGCCCGCAGUUUAAAAAGCUUGCUGACAUGUACAUCGGGAAGGAUACGGGAGUUGCCAACUAGGCUGCCGUUCAAUGACAUUCAUAUUCUCUGUAUGUAUGCUCGGAUCUCACUCUGUGCUCUGAGGCAUAACAUG